AUGACUUGGCGAUGGCACGAGGAGAGAGCAGAUGCAGAAAGCAUCCGCACGCCCUCGCGCACGUGGCGGCGUGCGCUCUCAGGGGGCAGCCCGCCGCCCUUUACGUCCUCCAGUCUCUCCGCUCGCGUGAGAGGUCCAGCAGCUGCACGGGCCGUGGCGAGGCAGGGGGUUGAGGAGGCGGUGCUGGGCGAGAUAGUGGCGGAUGGGCACGUGUGCCGGAGACUGCACUGCCUCGCAGCGAGACUGCAGGCGCCACCUGGUGCUGCUGACGCAGCAGCAGCAGCGUGGGGAGUGCCACGUGUGCUUGCUGACGUGGACUGCCAGCUGGCUAGUGUGCCGUGUCAGUUAGCUGCGUGCAGGAUGGUGCAGCAAGCGGCAGAUGCUGACGGUGCAGGUGGCAGAGCAUGUGGCGAUGCUGCUGGCGGUGGUGGUGGGGGUGGGUAUGGCAGCGACGGGGAGGGCUCGGACUGGGAUUCAGAGAGUGGGGAUGUGUGGGUGGGAUGGACGGGCGGGGAGAGUGAUGACGACGAGAGCGAUAGAGACGAGGAGGGCAACGAGGGAAAGGAGGGUGAAGAGAGUGCGUGGUGCAAGAGCAGCAGUCAACACCAUCAUGAUCACGCCAAUCAUGGACCUAAAGCGCAUCAUGAGCGCAUUGCAGCAGCAGGGGCAGCAGCAUACAGGUCCCCGCGUGGAGAGCCACGGCCAGGGGGUAGCGCAGUGGGAGCGGUAGGGGGCGGUGCGGAGCGGGACGACGCGGUUCUGAGGGGUUUUGGGCGGGCAUUGUCUCUGGUUCUCGCUCAGUACGAGGCCGGGGUUGCCCAGCUCGCCCGGGCGUGCACUGCUGCUCUUUCUGCCUCAUCAGCAACGGUAGCAACAGAUUGUUCCAGCUCUGCACGCUCACAAGCAGCCAGUCCAGGCGGCCCUUCAGAUGCCGUGCUUCUGCUGGCCAUGCGGAGCAGGCGACUGAGGGAGCAGCUGAGGCGCCUGGUGAUGUUGCUGGGGAUGGAUUCGAGAGAGAGGGAGACAGCAGGGGGUGAGAGGAAGGGGCAGCCAUGGGAGGGCGGGGCGUUGAGGGGGAAGGAGAGGGCAGAGGGGAAGAUGGAGGACGCGUGGUCGGUGGUGUACCAGUGCCCUCGGAUGCCCAUGCCUUGCUCGUCAGAUCCGAGCAGUGCAGGCAUGAGAGCCAUGCCUCUCACUCCACCCGCUGCACACAUGCACCGCACGCCCCACACGCACCACAUGGGCCAUACUGUUGCUGCCAGCGGUGGCAGCAGAGCCGUGCGCCCCACCACCACCCACAGCAGCCCAGCUGCUGCACUCCUCUCUUACCUUCACUGCAUGCUCCAGCUCACGGCCAUGGAUAACAGCAGUGGCAGCACGGCCAGUGCUCUUGUCACCCCAUCACAGUUCGACACACCUCGUUUCCUGUCCAACCAGGCAGCAGCAGCUAGCGACGCGUGGAGUGCGUCGCUCUUCCUUCGUUUUAGGAAGAUCAACCACCUGCUGCCCUUGUUCCUCCAUCCAGUGUCACACCUCGUUGUAAGAACAGCGCAGCAGCAGCACAUACUCCUCUCUGCUCCCUCCCCCACCAUUCGCCAACUCGCCUCCCGCCUCUCCUACCUCCUCUCCUCCCUCCUCCUCCCCCACUCACACCCCUUCCCCUCUCUGCCAACCAAUGGAGAAAAUCCACGUCACGUUCAACCAGCGCUUGCGUCUGAUUGGUCCAUCGAUUUCACCAUGGCUGGGGUGGCCCGAACCAGAGAGAUCGUCCAGAACUGGCCCGCCAAGGCUGAGCUGCAGGUUCGGCAGCUUCUGGACGCUUUGGAACCUUGGUCCAGUGCAGCAGGCGAGGCUCGGAUGGCUGAUGUGGGGGAUGUGCUGUGGGGCCAGUUUGGGGCGGCAGCAGUUCCCGUGCUGCCUCCAGGGGCUCCCUCCUCACACACACCUGGUGACGACGUGGCAGCAGCUGAUUGGCCAUGGAAAGGCACCCACCCACCUCCUCUGUGCAAUCUGCUUGCUGGUGUGCACAUGCCAAGCAACGAGUCAGCACAAUCCCCCGGCUGCGCCUCACCCAACUCCACACUGCGUCACGCAUGGGUGGAGUGCGGUGCCAUGCUGCGCCUCUGUGACCCCCGCGCUGGCCCCGCUUUUCCCUGGUCGUGGAUGGCUUGUAACGAGGAUGGUUGUAAUGGGGAUGGCUGUGGUGGCGCUGCGGUGCAUGGUGCGAGUGGCAUCUCAUGGCAUGCAGUGCUCCAGCAUGCUCAGAGGCAUGGAAAGGAGGGAGGUAUGGGGGCAAAGGAGAAGAGUGGGAACAGCGGAAGGGCGUUGAAGCACAGCGGAAGACAGAGAAGUGGGCACAGUGAGAGGCGGAGAAGUGGGCGCAGUGGGAAGCAGGGUGGGUUGGGUAGGCAGCAGAGUGGGAGGCCUGCUGGGAAGCAGAGUGGGGAGGCGUUUGGAAGGCAGGGUGGGCGUGGAGGGGCAGCAGGGAGGGGAGGGGGCCAUGUAACGGAUGAGGAGAGGCGGCUGGAGGUCAUGGCAGUCACAGAGAUGGAUGGGAGCUUCGAUGAUGCCAUCCAUGCCCACCUGCUGCUGCCCAUCCGUGCAAGGGCAGCAGUGCAGGUGCUGUUCGCUGUGGGGCGCUACCGCGACCACUGCACCGCACUGCACCACCUCUUCCUCUCCCCCCACUCUGCCCUGCCCUCCGCCCUCCUGCACGCCCUCCAUGCCGUGGACUGGGCCAGCCUCCGCUCACUGCCAGAGCAGCAGCACGCGCUCUCCUCCGCCCUCGACACCGCCGUCUCGCGAGCCUGCCUCUCCUCCCUCCCCGCCUCCUCCCUCUCCCGCCUCCACGCCUUCAUUGCGCCCUCCUCCCUCUCCUCCUCCUCCCUCUCCUCCUCCGCCCUCUCAUCCAUGUCAACACCACCGCCUCACCCAAUGUCGCCAGGGUCGGGAGGGGGUGCAGUGGGCAGUGCGAGCAAGCAGCUCACGUGGGGCCCUUUGUCUGCCCACCUUGAGGCACUUUCUCAACCGCGCUGCAUCCCUCCCCACACCCUCCAUCCGAAUCUGGUCCAUGUUACGUUCCACGAGUGCGGUAUGACACUUGCCUGGGCACGUUCUCAACCGCACUGCAUCUCUCUGCGCCCCUCCCCGCACCCACCAUCAGGGCUGGGCGCGUUUGACUUUGUGCGGGUGGGGUACGACCCUGGCUGGCCAGCAAGCGUGGUGAUAACACUGCACCUGGUGCAGCAGUAUGGAGACAUUCUCGCUGCACUGAUCAGGCUGCACCACGUGCAGCGGGCCGUGGAAAAUCUCACUGUUCACGUCAAGGGCAGCAUGCACCGCUGCUUGCUGGCCAGCCAAGCCCCCCCGACACUCACUGCACCCAAUACACGCCCUCCUGCUCUCUCCUCUUCCCCUUCCCCCUUCAGCAUGCGCGCAUCACAGCUGGUGUCUUGCAUGCUCGCCUUUAUAACCGCUCAGCUGCAGCGAGCAGGGCAGCAUGGGGACCAGAUGCUGUUGCUGGGCAUUGAUGACUCCUCAGAGGGACACAAGCCCCACCUGGACCUAUUCUCAUUCCAAGAGGCACAUGCACAGUUUCUGAUUUACUGCACAACCAGGUGCCUGCUAGACGCGCGGAGUGCACCCAUCAGGGAGCGCCUAGACAGUCUGCUACAGCUGGUGUUGGAUGUGCAUCGUAGCGUUGACUCGGCUCGCAUGGUCGCCCCUUUCUCUGAGUUCUUCCUCGACGACGAUACUCCCAUCUGGGAAGAGGGCACGCCUCACGGCACGUUGGGAAGGGAGACAGAGCUGGACCGCAGGUUGGAGGCAGCCUUAAGGGCUGGUGAUCACGCAGCAGCGCAGCGGCUGAACGAUGCACUCAUGAGGCGGGAGAGCGUGCGGCAGCAGAGACAGGCGGAAUGGCACAUGCAGCUCGCAGCAAGCCUGCAGGUGAGGAGAGAGGCAGAGCCGGAAAGCGUUCCUCACAUGCACACAUCCACCCGUCGCGUUUCCACAGGAACAGGAAACACAGCGGCGCAGGAAACGGCAGCGGCUAAACUGGGGGAUGGAUGUGCUGCGAAAGUCAGAAGGGAAGGGCAACAUGUGACGUGGAGGAGCAUUUGUGCAUACCCUGAAUGUGUAACCACCGGUAGCAGAACCAUUAGCGACUAA